UAAAAGCUCACAGGUAAAAGGUACAUGGGCUUGUGACGGGAUAGGAGGUGGUGGCGGAGACGAAGGGCUGUAUUCAGAUGUAGGAGACAAAGAGAAGCUGGCUUAGCACCAGGGAGGGGAGACCCCCAAAUGCUAAAUGAUCCCGAGCUCUGGGGUGCCGGCGGGGCUCCUCCCAAAUUCUUGGCAGCCUUGUGCUCUGGAGGCCGUGGCGCCCCGUGCUCAGAGGGAGGGAUGGGGCCUCUCACUCUGUGUCAGGCUAAAGCAGCUAGCACCGUGUCCUGUGGCCUGCUUUGGGGUCUCUGAAGUCCCUCUUACAUCGUCAGGAGAGUUACCCCAGGAAGCCAGGACACUUAAGACCCUUAGGUGGGAGAUCUAAGAUCCUUCCUGGCAGGAGUGUGUUAAGAGAGUGUGUUAUCAGAGGUCUGGAUUCAAGUGGAAUGAGAAUCUGGGUUCCCCGGGUGGAUGCAUGAACGAGAGGUGGGGACGUGGAAGCCGUGUGUCGCCUGCUGCAGGGCUCAUCUGGGGGCACAGCUGUCCCCUCUGGCCUCUUGAUAUCUGGAGAGUCGUGUGGGCACCUCCCUGCGUGGCUCCUCUCUUGUCUCUAUCUCACGAUCAGAGAAUGUUAGAACGGAUGCCCCUUAGCAGCAGCCCACUGCAGACCCCUCUUCCUUUGUCCAGUGAGAAACCCCCAUGAGGGGUGGUGACUUCCUGAAAGUCCAUGGGAAAAUGGACGCAGAGCACUGGCCUUGGCAGGACCAGAACCCAUGCUCACUGUGCCUCUCGCCUGGCGGCUUUGGAGAGGUCCCUUCCGCUGAGCCUCAGUUUCCACAUUUGGGGUAAUGGAGUAGCAAUAACCACCUCCCAGGGCCUAUGGGGGCUUCAGGGUGAAAGGGCUUUGCAGACGUGCCUUCACCCGUGCUUGGAUUUAAGGUAACGGGGAGUAACGGUUGAAUUGGGCCUGGAGACUGUUCUCUGGCUCCCCGGCUGGUGCUCCAUCACGGUGCCUUCUGGCCGUCCUGAGCCUUGGGUGCAGAGGCUCCCUGUGGCUGCCCUGACGGGGGGUGCCUAGCGUUGUUGGAUGAGCUGAAGGAGGCCUCUCUGGAAAGGUUUCCCCAGUUGGGUGCUCUGUCCUAGGGGCACCUGCUCUCACCCCCACUGCUUCCCCUUCUCCACGAUAAUGGCCCUGCAGACACUCUACCUCCGAGCAUCUCCAGCUGCUCCAUCCAGCCUGCCCAGCUGGCUGUGUGGGCAUAGAACCCGGUCUGGUGGCUAGUUAUAAAUAGCUCCUGCCCCCACGGCCUUGGGAAGGUACUCCUGGGUGUGGGUGCAGGACACUCGAGAAGAGGCGGCUGAGCUUGAGGGAACCCGGAGCAGGCCCCCAGGGCACAGGGGCAGUGAGCUGCCAACAGGGCUGUGCAGGCUCAGGGUGGUGGGCCAGGGCUGGCUGUAGGUUUAAGGAACUGUCUCUCUUUUUUAAAAGUUUUUAUUUAUUUAUUCAUGAGAGACACAGACACACAGGCAGAGACAGAAGCAGAGGGAGGAGCAGGCUCCGUGUGGGGAGCCCGAUGCGGGGCUGGAUCCAGGAUCCCGGGAUCACACCCUGAGCCCAAGGCAGACUCCCAACUGCUCAGCCACCCAGGUGUCCCAAGGAACUGUCUCUUCUUCCUGUGGCCUAGGAUUGAGUAUGGGAGGGUGGCCACUGGGAGAGCCCCUGAGGCCCUCUGGGGUUGGAGGCAGAACAAAGGGGACUGCUUGCUGGGGGGAUAGCUGUCUUUGAGCGUGGUUCAUUAGGGGACAGCCUGGCCAUAUUCACUCCAGCGGAGAAGGGAAGGAGAUGGCGGGGCCUAGAAUGUUCCCCCAUAGGGCUUGCAGCCCAUCACCGUAUCCUCCCAGCUCCCGCCCUGGAGAGGCAACACGUUUAGUGGAAAAGCAUUGCUCGGAGUCAGAAGGCGCCGUUCGGGCACUACCUCCGAACGUGGUACAUGACCACGUGGUUACAUGACCUCCUUCCACCCGGUAAAAGGGAACCAGACUCCCCUACCUCGUGCGUACGGGCGGCCCAGCGGGCCUCACCGUGCCCUCUCUGUGCGCCCGCAGGCCUCCCCAGGCCCCGUGCAGACACGCCAGGCCCUCAGCCCCAGCCCAUGGACCUGCGGGUGGGCCAGCGGCCCCCGGUGGAGCCCCCGCCCGAGCCCGCGCUGUUGGCCCUGCAGCAUCCCCAGCGCCUGCACCACCACCUGUUCUUCGCAGGCCUGCAGCAGCGCCCAGCGGAGCCCAUGAGGCUCCCCAUGGACACGCCGGGGCCCCAGUUGCAGGUGGGGCGGCAGGAACAAGAGCUGCGGCAGCUUCUCAAUAAAGACAAGAGCAAGCGAAGUGCCGUAGCCAGCAGCGUGGUCAAGCAGAAGCUGGCGGAGGUGAUUCUUAAGAAACAGCAGGCAGCCCUAGAGAGAACAGUCCAUCCCAGUAGCCCCAGCAUUCCCUACAGAACUCUCGAGCCCUUGGAGACGGAAGGAGCUGCUCGCUCUAUGCUCAGCAGCUUUCUGCCUCCUGUGCCCAGCCUCCCCAGUGACCCCCCGGAACACUUCCCUCUCCGAAAGACAGUCUCUGAGCCCAACCUGAAGCUGCGCUACAAGCCCAAGAAGUCCCUGGAACGGAGGAAGAAUCCGCUGCUCAGAAAGGAGAGCGCCCCGCCCAGUCUCCGGCGGCGGCCCGCAGAGACCCUGGGUGACUCCUCCCCGAGCAGCAGCAGCACGCCAGCGUCAGGCUGCAGUUCCCCUAAUGACAGCGAGCAUGGCCCCAACCCCGUCCUGGGCUCCGAGGCGCUCUUGGGCCAGCGGCUGCGGCUGCAGGAGACCUCUCUGGCCCCGUUCGCCUUGCCGACAGUGUCCUUGCUGCCCGCAAUCACGCUGGGGCUGCCCGCCCCUGCCAGGGCUGAUGCUGACCGCAGGACCCAUCCGACUCUGGGCCCUCGGGGGCCGGUCCUGGGGGGCCCCCAUGCUCCCCUCUUCCUGCCCCAUGGCUUGGAGCCCGAGGCUGGGGGCGCCUUGCCCUCUCGACUGCAGCCCAUUCUCCUCUUGGAUCCCUCCGUUUCUCACACCCCUCUGCUGACGGUGCCCGGGCUUGGGCCCCUGCCCUUCCACUUUGCCCAGUCCCUACUGACCACCGAGCGGCUCUCUGGGUCGGGCCUCCACCGGCCACUAAGCCGGACCCGCUCAGAGCCCCUGCCCCCAAGCGCCACCGCCCCCCCACCGCUGGGCCCCCUGCAGCCCCGCCUGGACCGGCUCAAACCGCACGUCCAGCUGAUCAAGAGGCCAGCCAAGCCAAGUGAGAAGCCCCGACUGCGGCAGAUACCCUCCGCUGAGGACCUGGAGACAGAUGGUGGGGGAGUGGUGCCAGUGGGGGAUGACGGCCUGGAACACAGGGAGUCAAGCCAUGGGCAGCACGACACCAGAGGCCCGGCUGCUCUCCAGCAGCACCAGCAGGUGUUCCUGUGGGAGCAGCAGCGACUGGCUGGACGGCUCCCCCGGGGAGGAACUGGGGACUCUGUGCUGCUUCCCCUGGCCCAGGGCAGUCACCGGCCCUUGUCCAGGGCUCAGUCGUCCCCAGCUGCGCCUGCCUCCAUGCCGACUCCAGAGCCCGCCAGUCAGGCCCGUGUCCUGCCCAGCUCAGAAACACCUGCCAGGACCCUGCCGUUCACCACAGGGUUGGUCUACGACUCGGUGAUGCUGAAGCACCAGUGUUCCUGCGGGGACAACAGCAGGCACCCGGAGCACGCGGGCCGCAUCCAGAGCAUCUGGUCCCGGCUGCAGGAGCGGGGCCUCCGGAGCCAGUGCGAGUGUCUCCGGGGCCGGAAGGCCUCCCUGGAGGAGCUGCAGUCAGUGCACUCGGAGCGGCACGUGCUCCUCUACGGCACCAACCCGCUCAGUCGCCUCAAACUGGACAACGGGAAGCUGGCAGGGCUCCUGGCACAGCGGAUGUUUGUGAUGCUGCCGUGUGGUGGGGUAGGGGUGGAUACCGAUACCAUUUGGAAUGAGCUGCAUUCCUCCAACGCAGCCCGCUGGGCCGCCGGCAGCGUCACCGACCUCGCCUUCAAAGUAGCUUCCCGUGAGCUAAAGAAUGGUUUUGCUGUGGUUCGGCCCCCAGGACACCAUGCAGACCAUUCCACGGCCAUGGGCUUCUGCUUCUUCAACUCCGUGGCCAUCGCCUGCCGGCAGCUUCAACAACAGGGCAAGGCCAGCAAGAUCCUUAUCAUGGACUGGGACGUUCACCACGGCAACGGCACCCAGCAGACCUUCUACCAAGACCCCAGUGUGCUCUACAUCUCCCUGCAUCGCCAUGAUGAUGGCAACUUCUUCCCCGGCAGCGGGGCCGUGGAUGAGGUGGGAGCGGGUAGUGGUGAGGGCUUCAAUGUCAACGUGGCCUGGGCAGGAGGUUUGGACCCCCCGAUGGGGGAUCCUGAGUACCUGGCCGCCUUCAGGAUGGUCGUGAUGCCCAUCGCCCGAGAGUUCUCUCCGGACCUGGUCCUGGUGUCAGCUGGGUUCGAUGCUGCCGAGGGUCACCCAGCCCCACUGGGUGGCUACCAUGUUUCCGCUAAGUGUUUUGGGUACAUGACGCAGCAGCUGAUGAGCUUGGCGGGCGGUGCGGUGGUGCUGGCCUUGGAAGGUGGCCAUGACCUCACAGCCAUCUGUGACGCUUCUGAGGCCUGUGUGGCUGCUCUUCUGGGCAACAAGGUGGAUCCCCUCUCAGAAGAGGGCUGGAAACAGAAACCCAACCUCAACGCCAUCCGCUCUUUGGAAGCCGUGAUCCGGGUGCACAGUAAAUACUGGGGCUGCAUGCAGCGCCUGGCUUCCUGUCCAGACUCCUGGGCGCCCAGGGUGCCAGGGGCUGACACAGAAGAAGUGGAGGCAGUGACUGCACUGGCAUCCCUGUCCGUGGGCAUCCUGGCUGAAGAGCGGCCCCCGGAACAGCUGGUGGAGGAGGAAGAGCCUAUGAAUCUCUAAGGCUUCACAACGGAUUCGCCUGCCCACCCCUGCCCUUCGGACCUGGUUCUCCUCUAGCCUCUGGCAACAGUACCCAGUCCCCGGGUCUACAGAGGGCCUUCGGGCAGGUAGUUGGGGCCAGAGCACAGCCCCUUGCCAGUCACCCCAAGGAGCCUGAGCAGGGCCCUGCGUCUAGGAUAGGGACCAAAGAGGACCCGGGGAGGAGGCCAGCUGGGCAGCCAGCUCCACCUCAGUAGGGCUCUCUCAAGAACAGAGUCGACCCCUUUGGGGUCCAGGCCCCUGGCUGGGCCCCAUCCCUCAGGACUGCACAGAGGAGGACUAGCUCGGUCGGGCCCACCGAUAACCACUAUUCUUCAUGGCUCCGUAGACCCUGGGCUUUGCACACGGCCCCAGGCUCCACGCAGAAAUGUGAACUUGGCCUCAGCCAGGGUGGCCCUCCCUAGGCUCUGAGGGCUGAGCUGGAGUAUGGGGGGGGGAGGGAGGGGGAGUCAGGGGGUCCCUUACCCCUGAGUGCAGGGGCAUCCCUCUUGCCUGCUUCCUCAGAUGACUCUGGAAGCUCCCCCCCCCCCGCCCACCCCCCGCCACUGGGCAGGGAGACAAAGCUCCUUCCGAGAGACCAGUGGUCAGCAGGCCUCCCAUCGGGUCCCAGCCCCUGCCACAGGCCCCCCUCCAUCAGCCAUCUCAGUGCCCUGGCGGAGCCGACAGGUGCUCUGGGAGUUCCGUGCUUCCUGAGCCGAUGGUGCCAAACUCUUCAUCUCCCCUCAGCGGCACAGCGUGACCGCCAGGGGCCCCUCGGUCACCGCCCCCCUCCGUGAGCCCUCUCUCUUUCUGGGGUCUCCCUCACCCAGCUCUCACUCCUGCCCCACAUAGGACUAGCCUGGCUGAGGGGAAAGGGGUGGGAGAGUGGAUGCAAGACACAGGGGAGGGGAGGCUGCCCUGGCAAAGUCUUCAAGGCUUCUGGGGUCCUGGCCUGGGGCCAAGAAGGAAAGUGUUUGUGUGCGUGUGAGAGAGAGCGUGAGUGUGUGUGUGUGUGUGUGUGUGUGUGUGUGUGUGUCUUCCCCAGGACCACCAUACCCUGUGUAUGUAUGCAUGUUUUUGUAAAAAAGAAAAAAAAAUAAGAAAAAAAAAAGGAAAAAAAAUCUGAACAAUAAAUGUUUUAUUUGCUUUAAA